UUUGACAAGGUUGCCAAAGGAAAGCUGAAGGAGGAAGUCGCGUGGAAAUAUUUUAACCAGCUGAUCAACGCAGUUGACUUUUGUCACAGUAGAGGUGUUUAUCACCGUGAUAUAAAGCCGGAGAACUUGUUGCUGGAUGAGAAUGAUAAUCUGAAGGCUUCUGAUUUUGGAUUAAGUGCUCUUGCUGAAAGCAAGCACCAAGACGGGCUGCUCCACACCACUUGUGGCACCCCUGCUUAUGUUGCUCCUGAAGUCAUUAACAGGAAAGGAUAUGAUGGUGCCAAAGCUGAUAUUUGGUCUUGCGGGGUGGUGUUGUACGUUUUAUUGGCUGGUUAUCUCCCGUUUCAUGAUUCAAAUUUGAUGGAGCUGUAUAGGAAAAUUGGCAGAGCAGAUUUCAAAUGCCCAAGUUGGUUCCCUCCCGAAGUAAAGAGGCUGUUGUUCAGAAUCCUGGAUCCAAACCCCAGUACAAGGGCUUCCAUUGAUAAAAUCAAGGAAAGUACUUGGUACAAAAAAGGAUUGAAGUCCAAGCAUAUUAAUUUUGAAUCAGAAAACAAGGAUGCGUCUUCUUUAGAUACAGAGACUUCUAGUUGGCAUGAGAGUGCCAGUGUGGCUGCCGAGGGAAAACAAGAACCAAUCAGACCUCCAAACUUGAAUGCUUUUGAUAUAAUCUCUCUUUCUGUUGGGUUUGAUCUGUCUGGCUUGUUUGAAGAAGAUUAUCGGAGGAGAGAAGCAAGAUUCAUUUUCAGAAAACCUGCCACAGUCAUCGUCUCCAAGCUGGAAGAAAUUGCUAAGAAACUGAGGAUGAAAGUGAAGAAAAGGGAUGCGGGAUUGUUCAGAUUGGAGGGUCUGAGGGAAGGUAGAAAGGGAAUCUUGUCCAUUGAUGCAGAGAUAUUCGAGGUCACUCCAUCUUUUCAUUUGGUGGAGGUAAAAUUAUCAAAUGGAGAUUCAAUGGAGUAUCAAAAGAUACUGAAAGACGACAUAAAGCCGGCUCUCCAGGACAUAGCUUGGGUUUGGCAAGACGACCAACAACAGCAGCCACACCAACAGCAACAACAUCAUCUACAACCGCAUGAGGUGCAGCAUGAACGGCUACCACAACUACAACAGGAAGAACAACAUAAACAGCAACAACAAUGCCAACCCUUUGCCAGCGUUCACCUUGUAUCUUAAAUUAUUGUACAUUUCACAAACUUUCAACCUCCUAACUGUCUCUGUAUUCCUAUAAGUU